AGUAUGGUAGCUUGUAGUUGAUGAGUGGCGAGUGUUACCGGCUGGGUUGAAAUAAAAUUAGUAAAAGUGUUCAAAAACUGUGUUAAUAAAUAGCAUGCGAAUGUUGCGACUCAAACAAGAGAUUAUGGAUGAUGACGAGAAGGGCAAGCUCUUUGUUGGAGGUUUAUCCUGGGAGACAACCCAGGAUAAUUUGCAAAGGUACUUUUCAAGAUAUGGAGAAGUUAUUGACUGUGUUGUAAUGAAGAACGCUGAAUCUGGAAGGUCAAGAGGAUUUGGAUUUGUCACAUUUGCUGAUCCAGCAAAUGUAAAUGUGGUUUUGCAAAAUGGCCCUCAUACCCUUGAUGGAAGAACAAUUGACCCUAAACCUUGUAAUCCAAGAACAUUGCAAAAACCUAAGAAGGGUGGAGGAUACCCCAAAGUCUUUUUGGGAGGUUUACCAUCUAAUGUAACAGAAACGGAUCUUAGAAGUUUUUUUACAAGAUUUGGAAAAGUUAUGGAGGUUGUUAUUAUGUAUGACCAAGAAAAGAAAAAAUCAAGAGGAUUUGGUUUCUUAUCUUUUGAGGAUGAUGAAGCAGUCGACAGAUGUGUUUCUGAACAUUUUGUUAAUUUAAAUGGAAAACAGGUGGAAAUAAAGAAAGCAGAACCUCGCGAUGGAUCUGGGGGAAAUAAAAUGGGAGGCGAUCCAGCUUCUGCAUGGGGCCCACCUCAGGCACCCAUGGGCAUGAUGCAAGGCCCAAAUGGACAGAUGGGUGGACCUCCAAUGAACUUGGGUGCGCCCAUGGGUCCCAAUAUGAUGCAAAGCUAUCAGGGUUGGGGUACAUCACCUCAGCAACAGAGCUAUGCUGGCUAUGGUACACCCUCUGGGCCUGGUUCUUAUCAGGGCUGGGGUGCUCCACCCGCACCUCAAGGUCCUCCUCCUCAGUGGGGUAACAAUUAUGGUGGUCCACCACAACAACAAGGAUAUGGCUCUUAUGGUGAGUAUGGAUCCAAUGCAGGUAGCGGAGCCGCGAGCUGGAACAGCUGGAACAUGCCUCCCCAAAACAGUGCUUCAACAGGUCCCUCAGGUUACAUUGCGGGAGAUAUGUAUUCUAGGGGCCAGUCCGGCCCUGGAGGUCCAGGUACACCAAGCGGACCGCCUAAUAUGUCAUCUUCAGGUACGAAUUCAAAACCAGGAUCGGAUUACAACUAUGCAGGUUACGGAUCCUACUCAACUGAAGCAGGUUAUGGUGCCCCACCCCGAUCGUAUGGCAGUGAUGCAGGCUCCCAAGUCGGAGGAUAUUCGUCGCAACCCCCAAAUCCAGGUGCUAAACAUUUCAAUGAAUUUAAAGAGUGGCCCAGUUCUUGACAACCUUUUGAUAAUAUUCUCUAUACUGCCAAUAUGACUCCCACUCAGCUUCCGUUAACCAGCUGCGCUCCUAAAACCGGACGGAUCUUUUAUAACACUAUCAAAACUUUCUACACUCCAGAAAUUAAAUAUGUGGAGACUGAGGAGCCCGGCUGGGUAGCGGAAUCUCCAGCGGGAGUCACAUUGAGGCAUGUCAGCAACUUAAAUAAUAUGGGUAUAUGUUGUAACAGUUGGAAACGUGUUGGCUUGAUAAACAUGAAGAGAGCAGCCGGACUGGUCACUCCUGCCAAACUCAAUUACUCUGAUUAGACAGACAAAUGAUUGAUUCACCGGCAUCUUCACCAUCUGUUAGUUUAGCAUCACUGUUGUAGUUGAUGUCCGCGACUGCACGACCGGACAUACUAUUCUCAUUUUAUAAUAAUUAUUAUUUUUUAAAUUGAUUAGUUUAAUUAUGAACAUGAAUCUAAUAAUUGAUGGGCUAUGAAAAACAUCUAAUUAUAUUUAACUAAGGAAUUUUUAUGCAGUCACAAUAAACUCUGUGAGGUCAAUUUUUAAGCAGACAUUCUAAUUUGAUAAUUAUUUUAAAUAGUGUUAAUUGAAGCCAUCACAGAUUUUUUAUAUCUUAUGUAGAUUUUUACAUUAGACUUGCGUAUUCAAAAAUAAAAAAGUUGACUAAUAAUUUCAUGGAUAACAUAGAUUUUGAGACUAUUGUUCAUAAAUCUACAUUUUUGGAUGGGUUCUGUGAUAAUAAUAUAUAUAUAUAUAUAAAAAUUGACAUAGUUCGCUCAUAUAAACGAAAAUAUGACAAAAUACACAGGGCAUCCAUGGAAGUAGUGCUUUCUUUCCACGUAUGGAUACAGAUUGCUAAUUUCAGUAAAAUAUUCUUAUGUCAAAAAAAAUAUAAAUGUGUUCUAAAAAACCUUGAAAAAAUUUAACUGCAAACACAGUACGUAAAUAUUUAAAUAAUUUUUAGCUGUGACAUAAUUUUAAUUAUUUAUUUAGUUAUUAGAGAAAUGAAUGACUAUGAAAAAAUGAAUACUUUUUUUGUUAUAAAACAUUAAUGAAAGCAAUAUUUUCGUGGAUUACUGUAUAAGACUUUCAAUUUUGUCAUAUUUUUGGAGAAUACCAAAAAUCUAUUAAGAUUAUUAAUAAUUUUCCAGUUUAAGUCGAAAUAAAUUGGAUUCUAAUAAUGGCUGUCUACUUAUUAAUUCUGGCAUAAUCAACUAAUUUCAACUAUAAGGUUAUUAUCAGAGAUUAUUAGAUGCCAGUUUUAUUAUAUUAUAUAAAAUAGCAAAGACAAUACUUUGCAAGUAAUUUGGAUAAAUAAAUAUUUUAUUUUUGUCUUUUUUUAUUCAAACAGUAAAGAUACAUUAGUUGAAACUAGUAGCAGAGUAUACAUUAUUGGACCCUUUUUAUUAAAACUACUGGGACAAAUGCAAUUAAAGCUUAAUUACUAUAAUAAACUGUUUAGAUUAAAUUUAAGAUAAAUUCUACUGCUUCACAUUCUCCACUCAGUUAUAUCCCGGAGAUAAAAUUAAGUUUUUUUUUUAAGUUAGAUGUUGGUAUAGCCCUUCAAACAAAUACCAGACUCUGUUUUUUAUGGAAGAUUAUUCAUAUCGUCCUAUAAUAUCAGACAGACAGAACUGUUGACUAAUUUUAAGCACUGCUCAAGUUGUUAUAAAUUUAAUAUAUUUAAAAUAGUAUAUAAAUCGAAAUUUUUACCUCACCGAUUUUGGAUAGUUAGAAUGUCUGCAUGGUAGUCAUAACUUUAUAAUUACUUUUUAUUAUUUUAUACUUGACAAUUGUGAUUCCUACUUUAGUCAGUAAGUAUUCAUUUUAAAGUUAGGUUGAACGCAUUUACAAUAGUUAUAAUGAACAUUUUCGUAUUAAUUUAUUGUAUUCUACAAAUAGUUUGAUAUUGAGAUACUUUUUUUUUUAUAUAAGUUCAUUGUUCUCUAGUCUGUUCUAUGUUGUAUCAAAUUAUAAGUGGUCUAGUUUGUACAUACAUAUAAAACAUACUUAUUUUUAUCUAAGUUAUUACCUUUAGUCUUACCGGCAGACAGUCUAAUUUAAGGGUUCAUAAGAAAUUUCUAUAAGUUAAGCUCAAUAUCUUAUUCAGUUUGAUUAAUUAAAUUAAAAGAAUCAUGUGGUAACUCUAGUAUAUCUUUAGAAUUGGUUGUAUAUAAUAGUCCAUCUAAUGUUGUUUUUUUCAUGUUUUUUGUUAUUUUUAUCGUCGAAUUGCAGUUUUCCAUUUUUUUUAUUUAUUAUGAAUUAUGAAAAUAAAUAAUUGAUAUCUGAUUUUUCUUUUGCCUUCAAUAGGGUUGCAUGCAAUCGACUGUCAUCUUUAUAUGCUUUCUUUAAAUAAUUUGGCAUUUGCAGUCAUCUUUUGUUUAUUACUUUACAAUUGUUUUUUUGUUCAUCGAUAUUAAAGUUUGUUUAGGUCAUUCUCAAACUUCAUAAAAAGCCGUGCCCAUUUUGAAAUCUCAACAAAAAUUAAGCUUAAUUUAUUGUCUAUAACUUAAUUUUUAUUUUUCUCUUGUGAACAUUAUUGUUUGGCAUUUAACGAAAACUUUUUAUAAAUUUUGGUGAGGAUGAUUAAAUUUGUCAUAAUUAUUACAAGACAGCUAAAUUUCAAUAAUAAAUUAUCUAAAAACAUAUUGAACCAUAUUGUGUUUGAAGGCGUAUGUUCAAAAACAUGACUUAAUUUGGGCAACAGUCAAUAUUAGUAAAUAUUUUUUUGGUAAUACGGAUUAUGACAAGAAUAUUGCUAAAACAUUCAAUGUAAGAUUGCGAUUAUAAGUAAUACAAUGUUGGAAGUAAUUUUAUUUGUUUUCACUUGUAUUAGGUAUGUGUCGUUUAAAUUCUUAUUAAGGAUGUUAAAAUCAUUAUCCUCAGACUUUUGCAAGUUCUUGUUUAUAAUAUUUCUUGUUUUGAUAAAUCUGUAUUGGACAAUUGCUUGCAAACUAAAAUAUAGUGAUCAGCUUUAAUAUUUUUAUUAUUUUAUCUGUAGUCACAUCAUCAUUAAAUGAACCGCAGUUCAUUGAUUCAAUUUGGGUCCUUUACCUUGUUAGGUUAUUGAUAAAAAUAUUGAUUCUUUUUUAAGGACAUUGCUCUUUCUAAUAUUUUAUAUUUAAUCAUAAAAAUAUUAAAUUGGGCAACAUUUGUAUAAGGUAAAUAUAUAAUUAAAAUAGAAAACAGUAUAUCAAAUUUAAAAGACUGAAUAUUUUACAAUUUGUUUAAGCAGAAUUCUGCAUUAAGUGUCAAAAAAACAAUUGUACCUUACGAUUAUCAUAUUAAAUAUUCUGCUCUUUAUAUACAUAUAUUAAUCAUAAUAAUAUGAAAAAAAUCAAAUCGAUUUUUGACCAUCUGUAACAAUUUUCUGUUUACUGAUUUUGUUAACAAAUUUCAAUAAUUAUUUAUCAAAUAUUGUUUAAAACUGCUUACAUCAUUUUAGAACAAUGACGAACAUGAACUUUUCUGCUUAACAUUUUUUUGGGAAACCAAUAAAAUGUUCUGAAGAAUAUAAUAUGAUAUCACGUUUAAAAUGAUGUCUCAGAAAUAAAUUUCUGAAACUAAUAGAGUAACAAAAUAUUUGUAAAAAUUUAUUGAAAUGUAUGUUAAAACACUUAUUUCAAACUAGUGAAUUUAGAAAUAAAAAAAUGUCAUCUGUGAUAUAAAUAUUUAACUAUAUUAGUCGGAUUCCAAAUUGAAUCAUUGGCAAAGUCUCUUAUUUACGGUGUGAAUGAUGUGACUAAAGAAAAAAUCUUUAAUAGUGAGUUUUCGAGAACUGAUGUUUAAAUAAAAGUGCUCGAAUUAAAUUUUUAAUUUUUAAUAUUGUUUAUUUGUACAGAUUAAUUUUAUCAUUUUAGUGGUUUUUAUACAAAUUAAUUUAUUAUCAAUUAUAUUUUUAGAGUAAUUAAAAGACUAAAUCAUAACUAGAUUAAGACUAUAUUAAGUAGAAUGGUUGUGAUUUAUGAAUUAAAUAUAAAGACUUUGUGAAAUGUGAGCCACAACUGUGACUUCUUAUAUUUUAUGGCAUAAUUUUUAAUCGAAAUUUAUUAAUGAAGGAUUUUCAAAGUUUUAACAUAAAUAUCGGUAAGCAGGGUAUUUCUUAUAUUAUUUAUAUUUAAUUAAGUUGCUUGUCAACAGUACCUAUAUAUUGUAUUUUGAAUAAUUUUCGAGUUUUGGUUUAUACAUUCAUUGUUAAAUUGAUUUUAAUUUUUCACAAAUUUGCUUUUGCUGCUUAUAUUUCUUUUUUUUUGAAUAAAUAUAACAAAAAUAUUUGUAGGAAAGUAGUUUCUUGCCAGUUAUAUGAGAAACUUUGAUUAUAAAAAGUUAGCAGUUUAGUAUAAUAUGUACUUACAUGUUAACUUUUGUGAGGUUUAGUACAAAUAUUCCUAAGUGCAACUAAACAAUCGAGGUGGGCCAAUAAAUACAGCAUACAAUAGUUUUGUUUACAAUAGUAGCGUUUAAAGUAAGAAAUAUGUAUUUAAAUUUAACAAAAAACUAGGACAAUGGAAAAAUAGGACCAGCAUAUUAAAAAAAUAAGUGGAUAAUUUUUUUCCAUAUAUACAGGGUGAAUCUUAAGAUGAUACUUUUUUAACUGUGUAUAGAAGUCAUUCAAAUAAAUUUUUUAAAAAAGCUUAAAAAUAAGACGCAUUAAUUUAUUCCUAAAUACAUCCGUCCUUCUAGGGAUUAACAACAGAUCGAAAAUGCGUAUUUCGGAAAUUGUUAAUUCCAAUUCGUGUGAAUGUUGAUUUUUCCAUAGCUAAAACUUUUGUCAAAAAAUUCAUGCCGUUGUAAGAACCAAUCACAAAUCUGAACUCUGUGGGGGAAAUCUUCAAGUGGUUGUGCUUGAAGACGUGAAAGGGAUGUAAUUGUAAUGUUGUUUACACUUUUCUUUGACUUCCACCUGAUUCGCAAUCACCAGAGCACUUGUCAGAUCUUCAUCGAUAACAUUUUAAAUGUGUUCUUUGUCGUAUCGGUCUUCCCGCAAAUCACCCGUACCCUUAGCCCUUGAGUCAGAUUAAUGUAAGUUCUGGGGCAGGAUGGUCUUGCAAGAGAAGGCAGUGAUGUGGCAGCUGCACUUUGAAGACACUCGCAAUAAAUAAGCAACAGUCAUGAAAAAUUUAAAUUCACUACUUCAGAUAAACACGCGACUGAAUUAAUAUGAAUGGUACACAAUGAAGCGUGAACAACGGAAAAAAGGUAAAAUAGAUAAAAGCAAAUAUACUUCUCAUUUAGCUUAACUUUUCAUACACAAGUUCAGACCCGGAUUUAUAUUUUUGAAUUGUGUCUUAUUUUUGAGUUGUUUGAUAAAGAUGCUUAUUUUAACGACUUCUAUGCGCAGUUAAAAAAAAAGUAUAACCUUACGAAUCGCCAUGAAUCUCUAGAUUCAAACGAAAAAUUUCGAAAUAUGUAUAGGUUUAACAAUGGAAUAUAGUCCCUGCUCCGAGUAGGUGUAGACAAUAGAAACCUAUAUUCACGAUGGAUAAACAAAUAAUGAAUUACAACACUCUAUAAUGGCUCCUCUUCCAUUUUAUUUUAAUGGUAACUUAGAGAAGUAAUUAAAGUAAAUGUUCUGCUGCGACGCAAGGCACAAUAGAGUGUUAUAGUUCAGUAUUUAAAUACUCGUCAUGCAAUUCUGUAUUUUUUUUUUAGUAACUUGCUCCUUUGAGAAGUGCGUAUAAUGCAUUGUAAAACCUAAAUUCCGAAUUUGUAGCUAUUAAUUUAUUUUUUUAUGGGUUAGUUUAUUUAGUGGCCAUCUUGUAAUAUAUUUUAAUGGUAAGGCAGAUCGAUAAUAGCAAUAAUAUUAAGGUAGUGAAUAAAGUACGGUGUGGUCACAUUUCAUCAUUGUGUUGUAAUUAUAAUUAUUACUGAAAAUAUAAAUAUUUGCAAAGUUAUGCAAAAUACUGAUCCAAAGGAGGCAAAGCAUUUUUGAAAAUAAGCUAGGUUAACAGUAAUUUAAAAAUCAAGGAAAAUUAUAUUUAGUGUAUAAAUAUUCUGUCUGUCUGUAUUUUGUCUGUCUAUCUAAUCACAUGGUAAUUGAUGUUUUUUUUUUUAACUUACAUUUAUGAUUAACUUUUGAGUGUGACAAUCUAUUUUAAGCAAUGUUCUAUAGUAUCAUAGAUGUUUUCUAGUUUUAAAUCAAAGUAUAUCUUUGGUUGACACAGACCAAUACUAGAAGUUAAAAAGAUUCGGUCUUUAAUUAUAUAAUAGUAUAAAAAUAACUAAUGAUAUUGACAAAUUAUGAAAACAAAAUGAUCGAAUUGUAUUAUAGCAGAAGCAUUUUAAACUUGCGCCUUCAAUUAGAAGAACUUUAUUCUUAGCUAUUUCACAUAAGUGCUAGAUAAUUGUUUAAAUAUAACUAGGUGAGUUGUAUGAGCAUUAAAUCGUAGACACUAGUAAUAUUAAAAUCAUUUUCAAUAUCACAAUAUUCUGGUGUGCAAAUGGUUAUUUUUGAGGACUUCUCUUGUUUCUUACCUAAAUUUCAUUGAAUUUUAAAUGGUUCUAUUAAAAAAUGUAUUAAAACUUUAAUUAAUGACUUUAACAACUAAGAUGAAUAACAAAUUGAAUAAAAUAGUUUAUAUGUUUAUCUUUUUUGGCGGAAUCAAGCAACUUCUGUUGAGACCAAAAAUGUUAUACUUUAGGGAUCUUAAUAAAUUCGUAAAAUGUAAUUUUUCGUGAUAGUCAAGUAAAAAUAAUAUUAAAUUUUCAUAGUAUUGAAAAUUUUGACAUCCCCAUUCAAAAUUCGUUGAAAAAGUGAAUUAUUUCAGGUGAGAUACUUGAGAGUCCUAUCGUAAAAUUAUACAUAGUCCUAAACUAAUUUUCAUCAAUUAAUUAAUUGAGAAGAUCAUUUUAAAUUAUUUACGAACAUUGUUCUGAAUUUUUAUUAUUUAAAAAAAAAAACUAAUAGAAAUAUGUUUACAAACUAGAACAUGCUAAUUAUUUUUAUAAAUUUCACAGCAGAAAUUAUCGUAAUAUACGUUUUCUAUCAUAUUUGAGAUAAUUAGCGGAAUUCAUUUUUUUUUUUUUUGUAAAAAGUUCCGUAUUGGAAAUAAAAGAAAGUUUUAUCGAUAAAUAAUUUACAAAAGUAAAAUAUGUAUGCUGUAAAAUUAAGACUUAAUAUAUUAAAAAUUAGCUCCAAAAAGGUGCCUAUUUGAUCAUCAUAUUGUAAUUAUUUUGUAUUAGACAAUGCACACUUUAUAGUUUUAGAAUAAUUAUAACAUUAGAACAAUUCGCAAGAUGUUUUUCAAACAUUUUACUCGAUAGGAAUGAAAUUGACUAGAAUUAUGUAUGUCUUUUUUUCAAAAAAUAAGUACAAAUGUAGGAAUGAUAUGAUUAAAAAAAAUAUAUGGUAUUUUUUAAUGGUUGGAAAUUUUUUACUUCUGUAAAUUUUUGUAUUGAUAAAACUUCAGUAGAAAAUAAUCUUCCUAUUAGAAGUAAUUGAUAUAGUCGGUAGUUAGUCGAGUUUUAAAUAAUAGCUAUAUUACGGGUCUAAUGGAAAAGUUGUUAGGACUAUAUUUAUUCCCUUUCUUACGUGGUGGGGGAGAGUUGCUGUAUAUAUAAAAAUAUGAAUCGUCUACACUAUUAUAAUAAUCGACACAUUUAACUUUAUACUGCUCACUAUCAUCUUUGCAUUAUAUAUUUUCUUUUUUCGGUUUUAGAAAAAAAAAAAAAAGGGAAAGUACAAGGUAAUAUUUAGAAUUCGCGAUUGAUUGUUACUCUAACUUAAAUCUAAAUGCUUGAUAAUUAUUAAAUUACUAUAACACAGGGUGAUACUAGUUACAGAGUAGUAGCAAAUUCUUCAUUGGUCAAUAUUUUCUAAAAAUUCUUACCAAAUUUAUAAACAUUUUACAUUGAGUUGACAACAUUUUUUUUUUAAAUUCAAAGUAAAAAAUAUUAAAAUACAAUAAUUGCGGGUGUAAAAAACAUUGUUUAUAAUUUUGGUUAGAAUUUUGAAGCUAAGGUCCAGUGUGCCUACAUGCAGAAACUCUACCAAUUGGUAAAGAUAUAAUAAUUAGUUUCUGGGUAGUUAGAAGUUGGGGCGUGUUAUAAAAGAUUUUCCUUGAGAGUAUGUAGAUGAUUCUAUAUCUAUACAACAGAGUAAUAACUGUUCAUUGUACACACGAAUAUAUUAAUAUACAUUUAUGCCGUUAAUCCAAGCGUAUUAUUUGAAGUACUUGUAGUUUUUAGACAUUACAUUAAUACAAAAUAAAUCUACAAUUUAAUGAUAAAUUAUUUAUAAAUUGUAUUUUAUAUUACAUUACUGCUAUAGUUAAUUGAAUUGUUAGUGUAAUUAUAAAUUUAAAUAGAAAGUUAAAAUUAGAACAAUUCGACUGAUGUACAGAUACAGAAUAAGUUUUAAAUUAAAGAGAAAAAUGUACAAUAAAACAUCAUAAAUACCUAGGGCCUUUAAAUAUAGUGCAAUGUCUCAUGUGGUUUUUAUCUAGGAAAAUAGUUGAUUACUUAAGAUAUUUUCAUAAUUUCUAGAAUAAUUUUAAAUUAGGCGUAUGUGUUUCUUCAAAACACACACUGACUUUUGUAAAGUAUUUGUUGCUCAAAAGAUAUUAUUUUGUAUUAUGUUAACUGUAAGUGAUCCUGCGUCUCAGCCAAUGCUCUGAAUAAAGAAACUGUAUAUUUAAUAUAUGAGUGUGACUUGUGUGUGUUGAAUUGUUUUCUAAUUCUUAAGUCUGAUAGUUAAUUGAAAAACGUGUUAUUUAUUAAUUAAGUAAGUGUUAAAUCGCAUAACUUGUCCCUCCUUUAACUUCUUCAUUCAUGCUCUUUGAUAUAAUCCUCUACCACUGUAUAAAUUUGAGCUUGAUAGAUUUGUAUGUAUUUCACCAACUGCAAUUGCAAGCAAUCUCCAGUCUGUUAAAAAUAUUUAUGGUAAAGGUUGUCGUGGUCAUUAAUUUUUAGUAGUAAUUGUUAUGAACAAAUACCUUGUUCAGAAAUAACUGUUUUAAGAAAAUUACAUAAUAAAUAUAUAAAUAUUAUAUAUAUAGUAGUGCAUUUGUAAUGGGGU